AUGGCGCCGUCGCAACUGAAACAACUAAAGGCGUCGUUGCGUGAGCACGGUGUCUUGGGCCCUCAAAAGUCGAAAAAACAGAAAAAAGCAACUUCCAAAGAUGCGCAGAAACGGCUUCAGCGGAAUGCGGCCCUCGAGGGCAUUCGAGAACGAUUCAAUCCCUUCGAAGUCAAGGCGCCCGCUAGGCGAGAAAAAUUCGAAGUCGCCACCAAUGCAAAGAACUCGAAGCCUGCGGUCGGCCGACCCGGUGUCACACGUGGCCUGGGCGAGGAGAGACGGCGAGAAACUCUACUCAAAGAGAUUCAAAGUCGCAACAAAGUCGGAGGACUUCUCGACCGCCGGUUCGGUGAGAAUGACCCGACCAUGACGCCAGAAGAAAGGGCGGCCGAAAGAUUUGCCAGGCAAAACGAGCGCAAGUUGAAGAAGACAUCCAUGUUCAACUUGGAAGACGACAGCGAGGGCGAGCUGGCUCUCACGCAUGGCGGACGAACACUUUUUGAUGUUGGAGACAGCAACGCAAAAGACGACUUUGAAGAAGACGAUAUUGCGGACGAAGACGAGGAAGAUUUCGAGGCACAUGAUGACAGGCCUCGGAAAAGGCUGCGCAUCGAUGGUGAAGGCGAGGAUGAGGAGGGCGAUGAGAUGAUACCUCAGAGGAAGAAGACGAAAAACGAAGUAAUGAAGGAGAUCAUUGCCAAGUCAAAGAUGUACAAGGCCGAGCGGCAGGCGGCAAAAGCAGACGAUGACGACCUGCGUCUCGAGCUGGAUAAGGGCAUGCAUGAGUUCUACGAAGCAAUGAAAGCCAGUAAACUCCCACCCCCAGCAGAGAAACAACCGCCGCCAACCACCGAGAAAAAGGACGACCCUCAUAUGGACCCAGCGCGAGCUGCAAUGCUGGCGGGCAAAAGCAGAGAGGCGGCCGAGAAGGAAUUCGAGGCCAAUCUGAGACAAUUGAGGUUAGAAGCGCGUUCGAAGCCCAGUGUACGCACGAAGACGGAAGAGGAGAAGGCUGCCGAAGAAGCCGCGCGCUUGGAGGAGCUAGAAAGGAAACGAAUCCGUCGAAUGAAGGGUGAGGUUGAAAGUUCGGAAGACGAGGCGGACGACGCCGAACCGGGCCCCGACGAGGACGUUGAUGUGGAGCAGGAGGACGAUGCAGAAGCCUUUGGCCUGUCUGCACCGGCUCCCCCUCCUCCACAGAAGAAGGAACUCGACGUGGAAGACGAAGAUGAAUUUCUGCUUGAGGAUGAUCUUAUUGCUUCUGAUUCAGAGGCUGACAUGGCGAGUGAGGAAGGCUCUGAGGACUCUAGUGCCGAUGAGGACGAAUCCGAGGACGAUGGCGACGAUGAUUUCAUCAAUGGCCUGGUCCUCCCGGAGGGGACUAAACCGACAUCACAGUCAAAGACUACUUCGACAAAGACUGUGAACGGCGAUAAUCUUGCUUACACCUUUCCAUGUCCUCAGACUCAUGGUGAAUUUCUAGAGGUGGUUAAUGAUACCAAGUUGACGGAUUUGCCGACGGUAGUACAGAGGAUUCGUGCUCUUUACCACAAAGGACUUGCUCAGGGGAACCAAGACAAGCUAGAUGCUUUUGCCGCGGUUCUGGCACAGCAUGUCGCGUAUCUGGCAGACUCUGAAAGUGACGUCCCCUUCGCUGUCCUUGAGAGCCUUCUGCGCCAUCUUCAUUCAAUGGCAAAGGCUUCGCCCGAGGUGGUCGGCACUGCUUUCAGGCAGCAUUUGCAAGUCAUUGCGGACGAGCGACCACUGGAAUUGACUGCAGGCGACCUCAUCAUGCUGACCGGCGUUUCGACAAUCUUUCCUACUUCGGAUCAUUUCCACACAGUCGUGACCCCGGCAAUGCUGACUAUCGGGCGCUAUCUUGGACAGAGUUCGCCACAGUCGUUGCAAGACCUUGGAGUAGGAGCUUAUUGCUCUUCUCUGGCGCUGCAAUACCAACGAGUGGCUCAGAGAUACGUCCCAGAAGUGUUUGUCUACAUAACCAAUGCACUGGCGAUUCUUUCACCGGUUGCCCUCCCGGACAACGAUCAGGAUGGACAUGGACAACCAUGGAACUUCCCAAUCAGGCUACCAGCGAAACCGCUUCGGAUUCCACAGUCUUCUUCCGUAAAAGAGGUGCAUGUGCCGGAAAAGCUGGCCUUCAGCGACCUCGUAAUGGACAAGAACCCAGAUCAUACUGUUCAUGCUCUUGUCCUUCUCAAAGGGUUCGUCCGACUUGCCGCACAGGCUUCACAGCUGUGGAAACAGAAGACAGCUUUUCCCGAGAUGGUUGAUCCGCUUCUUCGAGUUCUCAGGCAUAUUGCCGCCAACCAGUCGUCGGCCAAAUUCUUACCAAAGUCCAUUAUCGCGUUUGUGUCUGAUACAGUGCAGACUCUGGAAGGUCUGCAAAAGGCGUCUCUGGACGCGCGACGUCCAUUGCUCCUACACAACCAUCGGCCAUUGGCGAUCAAGACGUCCAUUCCCGCCUUCAUUGAGAACUACAAUCCGGACCGCCACUACGAUCCCGACCGACAACGGGCCGAGAUCUCCAAACUCAAGGCCGAGUACAAGAAGGAACGCAAGGGCGCCAUGCGCGAGCUGCGCAAGGAUGCCAAUUUCAUGGCCAGGGAACAACUUCGCGAGAAAAAGGAGAAGGAUGAGGCCUACGACAAGAAGUUUAAGAGAUUGGUCGCCGAGAUUCAGGGCGAAGAAGGUCGAGAGAAGAAGGAGUAUGAGAAGGAGAAGAGGAAGAGAAAAGGCAGAUUUUAG